AUGGCUCCUCGGAGUCAACCCCUGCCGCAGGCGGCAACAGAAAGUGCACGAGAGGCAAGGAGAGCGUUCUUCUGCGAAUUAUGCCAAAAAGGCUACGCAAGAUCCACAGAUUUCGAAGCACAUGAAGGGAGCUACGAUCAUCAACACCGAAAACGAUUAAAAGACAUGAAGUCCCUGACCAAAGACCCAAACGCCGCGGCUCGCCAGCGCGCGGCAGAGGAGAAGGCGAAUGAGAAUGCUGCCCUGAAGUCCGUGUCUAUGCCACUCUCUGGACUGGGGUCGAAUGGUGCAGCGGGCGGGAAGAAGAAGCCUGUGUUCAAAAGUACUUUGCAGCCUCAGAAUGCCGCACUUGCGCCCAAGGUUAUUGGACAGGUUGAUCUCCUUGGCUCUCGCGCCGAGGACUGGAAUGGUGCAAUCGCGAACGGAUGGGCUCGUGACGCCUACGAUCCUGAGAAAGUGACGGAGUAUGGCGAUGUGGAGAGUGCAGAUCUGUUGAAGGAGUUUGGAGAACCUGAGGAGGUGAAUAUUGGUCACCGCUGA